AGUGAGUCGGUGAAAUACUUCCUGGAUAACCUGGACCGGAUUGGCCAGCCGAACUAUAUCCCGAGUCGGCAGGACAUUCUGUUUGCACGGAAGGCGACUAAAGGAAUCGUAGAACACGACUUUAUCAUAAAGAAGAUUCCGUUUAAGAUGGUUGAUGUGGGGGGUCAGAGGUCACAGAGACAGAAAUGGUUUCAGUGCUUCGACGGAAUCACAUCUAUACUGUUCAUGGUGUCAUCAUCCGAGUACGACCAGGUUCUGAUGGAGGACCGGAGGACCAAUCGGCUGGUAGAGAGCAUGAACAUCUUUGAGACGAUCGUGAACAACAAGCUCUUCCUCAACGUGUCCAUCAUCCUCUUCCUCAACAAGACUGACCUGCUGGUGGAGAAGCUAGGCCAGUCUGACAUCACUAAACACUUCCCAGAAUACAGGGGAGACCCUCGCAGGCUGGAGGAUGUACAGGCGUUCCUGGUGCAAUCGUUCAGUCGUAAGCGGCGUAACCGUGGGAAACCUCUGUUUCAUCACUUUACCACGGCGAUCGACACGGAGAACAUCCGCUUUGUGUUCCACGCUGUUAAAGACACCAUACUGCAAGAGAACCUCAAAGACAUCAUGCUGCAGUGACACACACACACAUUAUAUAUACACACACACAUUAUAUACACACACACACACACAUUAUAUACACACACACAUUAAAUACACACACACAUUAAAUACACACACACAUUAUAUACACACACACAUUAUAUACACACACACACACAUUAUAUAUACACACACACAUUAUAUACACACACACACAUUAUAUACACACACACAUUAUAUACACACACACACACAUUAUAUAUACACACACACAUUAUAUACACACACACACACAUUAUAUACACACACACACACACACACAUUAUAUACACACACACACACACACACACACACACACACACAUUAUAUACACACACACACAUUAUAUACACACACACACAUUAUAUACACACACACACAUUAUAUACACACACACAUUAUAUACACACACACAUUAUAUACACACACACAUUAUAUACACACACAUUAUAUACACACACACACAUUAUACACACACACACAUUAUACACACACACACAUUAUAUACACACACACAUUAAAUACACACACACAUUAUAUAUACACACACACACACACAUUAAAUACACACACACACAUUAUAUACACACACACACAUUAUAUACACACACACACACAUUAAAUACACACACACACAUUAAAUACACACACACAUUAUAUACACACACACACACACACACACAUAUUAAAUACACACACACAUUAUAUACACACACACACAUUAAAUACACACACACAUUAAAUACACACACACAUUAUACACACACACACACAGACACACACAUUAAAUACACACACACAGACACACAUUAUAUACACACACACACAUCAUACACACACACACAUAGAUUCUAGACACACACGUUAUACACAUACAUACACACACACACUAACAUUAUAUAUACACACAUUAUACAGGUAUUAUAUAGAGCCCCCCCCCCUCCCCUCCCCUGUGUUUGUAGAUUAUAGAACCACUAGAAGGGAGGAUUUCCCCUUCUGAACAGCGGUCCAUGGUGGAUGGACCAGACCGGCUGCCAUUUUGGUCUUCUGUGGACCCUUGAUGGACUGGAUGUUAGAGUCACCUGCUCUGGAAGUUCUGCAGUUGUUUCAUGCUGUCGGCCAUUUUACAUCAACUAGAUGGAAUUUUCCGCCAUUUUGACAGUUCUUGUGGAUUUUUAGAACUAUAUCCGUUCUAGAAUUGAUCCGUUCUAGAAUUGAUCUGUUCUAGAAUUGAUCUGUUCUAGAAUGUAUAUUUCUAUGACCUGAGUAACCACUGCACUGAGAAGCAGACAGACAGUCCUCCUGAACUCUGGACUCUGACCUAUGGAAUAGUCAAUAGGUCAAUACAGGGUCAUUAUCUUUGGAACCCUGAGAGGUCAAAGAGGCCUGACCGGUGACCCUGGGGAUCGUAGUGGAUUAUGAGAACUGCAGUCUCAGGACAAGGAAGACUCUUAAUGACAUCACUGAUAUGAUGACAUUGUGGAUGACAUUAUCACAGCAGGAGACCAAUCAUAGGACUGAGAACUCGUCUAACAUCCUGCUGGUCUCCAACUUCUUCUUCUUCAGCCCUUCUGAUUCUGUUACAUCAGAGAUAGACAGACACUAAAUAGAGGAGUAAGAGUUGGUAGAAAGACAGAGACAGAGAGAGAGAGACAGAGAGACUAAAUAGAGGAGGAAGAGGAGACAGAGAGAGAGAGAGACAGAGAGAGACAAAAUAGAGGAGGAAGAGUUGGUAGAGAGAGAGAGACAGAGAGAGACAGAGAGUGAGAGACAGAGAGACAGAGAGACAUAGAGAGAGAGAGACAAAAUAGAGGAAGAAGAGUUGGUAGAGAGAGAGACAGACAGACAGACAGACAGACACACAGACAGACACACAGAGAGAGAGACUAAAUAGAGGAGGAAGAGUUGGUAGAGAGAGAGAAAGAGAGACAGAGAGAGAGAGAUCAGUCCAGUCAUAUGUUAUGUGAUCAUCAUCGUGUUGCACAAGUGUUCCUCUUGGUGAACUUAAAGUGAGUUUCUCUCUCUCUCUCUCUCUCUACUCCCCUCCCCCUCUCCCUCCUCCUAUCACAUGUUGACGAUAUCAGUACAUCAUAUUCAGGACAGAAACUCUUAAUGUGAGUUUGUCUCUCUCUCCCUCUAUUCUGUCUCUGUAACCACUGCCCCCUCUUCCUCUCCUUUCCUCCGCUGCCCCCCCCACACACACAAAGGAGUGAUUGUACCCCCUCACCCCCCCUCUCCUCCUCUGUUGUGGCUGGAAAGAUGAAUUAAUGACUCUGAGGGUAAAGAAACCCCCCACCCUUACACCAGAACAUCUAGUCUAACUAGUCUAACUUGUUACCAACACUACCUUAUAACCACUGUCCCUCUCUCUGCCUCCUCUCCUCCCUCUCCAGACACUGUCCCUCUCUCUGCCUCCUCUCCUCCCUCUCCAGACACUGUCCCUCUCUGCCUCCUCUCCUCCCUCUCCAGACACUGUCCCUCUCUCUGCCUCCUCUCCUCCCUCUCCAGACACUGUCCCUCUCUCUGCCUCCUCUCCUCCCUCUCCAGACACUGUCCCUCUCUCUGCCUCCUCUCCAGACACUGUCCCUCUCUCUGCCUCCUCUCCUCCCUCUCCAGACACUGUUCAUCUCUCUUCCUCCUCUCCUCCCUCUCCAGACACUGUCCCUCUCUCUGCCUCCUCUCCUCCCUCUCCAGACACUGUUCCUCUCUCUGCCUCCUCUCCUCCCUCUCCAGACACUGUUCCUCUCUCUGCCUCCUCCCUCUCCAGACACUGUCCCUCUCUCUGCCUCCUCUCCUCCCUCUCCAGACACUGUUCCUCUCUCUGCCUCCUCUCCUCCAGACAUUGUUCAUCUCUCUGCCUCCUCUCCUCCCUCUCCAGACACUGUUCCUCUCUCUGCCUCCUCUCCUCUCCUCCCUCUCCAGACACUGUUCAUCUCUCUGCCUCCUCUCCUCCCUCUCCAGACACUGUCCCUCUCUCUGCCUCCUCUCCACCCUCUCCAGACACAUUAACUCUCUCUGCCUCCUCUCCUCCCUCUCCAGACACAUUAACUCUCUCUGCCUCCUCUCCUCUCUCUCCAGACACUGUCCCUCUCUCUGCCUCCUUUCCAGACACUGUCCCUCUCUCUGCCUCCUCUCCUCCCUCUCCAGACACUGUUCCUUCUGUUUAUGUAAGUGUCUAUAUAGCCUACUGUGUGUAUCUGUUCUCUGUGAGUGUGUAUAUAGCCUACUGUGUGUAUCUGUUCUCUGUGAGUGUGUAUAUGGCCUACUGUGUGUAUCCGUUCUCUGUGAGUGUGUAUAUAGCCUACUGUGUGUAUCUGUUCUCUGUGAGUGUGUAUAUAGCCUACUGUGUGUAUCCGUUCUCUGUGAGUGUGUAUAUAGCCUACUGUGUGUAUCCGUUCUCUGUGAGUGUGUCUAUAGCCUACUGUGUGUAUCCGUUCUCUGUGAGUGUGUAUAUAGCCUACUGUGUGUAUCCGUUCUCUGUGAGUGUGUAUAUAGCCUACUGUGUGUAUCCGUUCUCUGUGAGUGUGUAUAUAGCCUACUGUGUGUAUCCGUUCUCUGUGAGUGUGUAUAUAGCCUACUGUGUGUAUCUGUUCUCUGUGAGUGUGUCUAUAGCCUACUGUGUGUAUCUGUUCUCUGUGAGUGUGUAUAUAGCCUACUGUGUGUAUCCGUUCUCUGUGAGUGUGUAUAUAGCCUACUGUGUGUAUCCGUUCUCUGUGAGUGUGUAUAUAGCCUACUGUGUGUAUCUGUUCUCUGUGAGUGUACUGUAGAACUGUGUCAAAACACACUACUACUAUCACCACUAACCCCAACGUUACCCUGCCGUGUGUACAGUUCCAUUGUUGUAUCUUCUCUAACUGUUGUUGUUGUUGUUGUUGUUGUUGUUGAUUGCACUGGAUGAAAUCUCAUAUAGCGAAAUUGAUUGAAAAAAAAACAGAUUGUUCUGGAAAAACAGAAGAGUGGAGGAGGUGUUGUGCACAUUUAUUGUUUGGUCUGUGUUUGUUUUUCUACAGGCUAGCCUUGGUUCUGUUCUGAUAAAUACAACACUGUGUUUGUUUUUCUACUGGCUAGCCUUGGUUCUCUUCUGAUAAAUACAACACUGUGUUUGUUUUUCUACUGGCUAGCCUUGGUUCUGUUCUGAUAAAUACAACACUGUGUUUGUUUUUCUACAGGCUAGCCUUGGUUCUGUUCUGAUAAAUACAACACUGUGUUUGUUUUUCUACCGGCUAGCCUUGGUUCUCUUCUGAUAAAUACAACACUGUGUUUGUUUUUCUACUGGCUAGCCUUGGUUCUCUUCUGAUAAAUACAACACUGUGUUUGUUUUUCUACUGGCUAGCCUUGGUUCUGUUCUGAUAAAUACAACACUGUGUUUGUUUUUCUACUGGCUAGCCUUGGUUCUGUUCUGAUAAAUACAACACUGUGUUUGUUUUUCUACUGGCUAGCCUUGGUUCUGUUCUGAGCUGUGUUUGUUUUUCUACAGGCUAGCCUUGGUUCUGUUCUGAUAAAUACAGCACUGCAAUUCGCUGA